CACUCAUGCGCAAAGUACCUUUGCGAUCUGCUCAGAACCCGUUUCGUUUGGGACGGCUCCGGAGAUUGCCGUCUUGGCGUGUCGUGUGGGGAGGUCUGACGUCCAACAGGGGCCAGGGGCUCCUUCUCACCUUCUCCCUCGACUCAACACACAAAGAACAAUAUCUACACCUACAUCUCCAUCUACGCAAUAAAAAUGACGACCGCACCGAGCGAAGCUCCCCAGACCUUCGAUCCGCAAGCCUUCUCGCGUGAGGAGGCAGACACCAUCUUCCUUCUCACCUCGUUGACCUCCGGAUCGUCGGGCAUCAUCACGGCUACCUCUCGCCUCGAGCACAUCCUUACAUCUCACAAGAUUCCCUUCAAAGCCGUCGACCUCGCUACCGACGACAAAGCUCGCCGCCUUUGGCAAUGGAAAGGCAAAGGCAAGCGAUUACCCGGAAUUGCAAAGAACGGGGAGGUGUUGGGGAACCAUGACGAUAUUGAAGACUGGAAUGAGCAUGGCGAGCUACGCCAGAACUUGGGGCUCAAAAAGAAGAAGAAGAAGAUGAAUGUGAUGGACGGUUCCACGACGCACAGGGAUCCUUCUACCACCGCGAAACCGAAUAUCGUCGGGGAGAGAGCCGCCCCAUCAGGCCACCCUGCAGGAGGUGUUCCGACGGCGUUCUCGCAGGCUGGGAUCGCCGCCGCUGCUGCUGCUGCCGGGAAGAGGAAGUCGAGCGGUAUUAAGAGUGCUGUGGGCAAGGUUGAGGGGAAGAAGAAGAGUUCAUCUUCAAAGAAUAAGGUUGCAGCUGAACCGUCAGUUGCAUCUGUCGCUGAGGAACCAGCCAAAGAGAAGAAGAAGAAGACAGAUGUCGUUGAGAAGGAGGAGCCAGUCGAGGAGAAGAAGGAGCCUGUUAAGGAGGAGAAGACAGAUGUCGUUGAGAAGGAGGAGCCAUUUGAGGGGGAGAAGACAGAUGUCGUUGAGAAGGAAGAGCCGGUUAAGGAGGAGAAGAUAGAUGUCGUUGAGAAGGAGGAGCCAGUCGAGGAGAAGAAGACGGAUGUCGUUGAGAAGGAGGAGCCUGUUCAGGAGAAGACGGACGUGGAUGCAGAUGUCGAGAAGGGUGAGGAAAAGGAAGUACAGGAACCGGUGAAGGAAGCUAAGCGGGAAGAACCGGCCACAGAGGUCGAAACGGAGACCGAAGCAGAAGUGAAAGAGGUCGCCGCCGAGGCCGUGAUCGAGGCUCCUGUGGCGGGACCGGAGAAGGAGGAUAUAGUUGUGCCAGAUGAAGAGCUGGCGAAGGGUGAGAAUGCCGCGAAGGAACAGUCCACCAAAGAGGAGGCGAAGGAGGGGAAGGAGGAAAUCAAGGAGGAUUCAAAAGAGGAGGCACCCACGAAGGAGAAGGUAAAAGAUGAGACGCCUAAGGAAGAACUUAUCAAGGAAGUCUCGAAGGAGGAGACUUCAAAUGAAGAACCUCUGAAGGAAGAGUUCAUCGAUGAGGAGCCAAUCAAGCAGGAGAACGAGAAGCCGGUUCCGGACGAGGUUGUUGAGGAAACCAAGUUCAAAGAGCUCGAAGCCAGUGUUGGCGACCUUCACCUCAAAGACAAGAAAGACGUUGUUGUUCCCAGGGACGAAGAAACCAAGACUCCAACUCAGACUCCUGUCGCCGAGAAUCCUGAAGAGAAGUAAGCUGGGUAAUUUCAAUUGCAUUUCCAUACUGUUCGUUCGUUUUUGGAGUCUGCCAAUUUUGUGUUGCUAUUUUCCUCAUUUCUUUUCUUCGUUUCCGAGCGGAUAACCUCUGUGGCUUUGUUUUACUUUCUCUCUAUUCGUAUGUACGCAAAUAUUGCACUUAUAAUAAUAUUGGGUUUCUCAUCCUGACCAUUAUCUACUGAGACC